UUUUUUUUCUAUUCUACGUACCUGUAAAAAUGGAAGAAAGACAUAGAGCAGGUGUAUCCACCAAUUCUGAAGGAAAAAAAUGACGAUAAAAAUUUUAUGUUGAUAGUUAAAACGAAAUUUCUUUUAUAAAGUAAAUGUGUGAUAUUUUUGGAGGGAUUUUUAUCAUAGAUUGGGUUUCGUGCAAACAUGGGUCUCAUGCUACCAAAAAAUUAUUUAGGAACACUCUUCCGAUUAUCAGGGCAACCAUUUCUGAAGAAAACAGUAGGCAUCAGAUCAAUCUCAAAUGCAUACCUUUUGUCCGAUACUCACAAAAUGCUUCAGAAGACUUCUCGAGAAUUUGCUGAAAAAGAACUGCAGCCUGUAGCAGCUAUGAUUGAUGAGAAAAAGAUAUUUCCUGAAGAUCAAAUAAAAAAGUUAGGAGAACUUGGUAUGCUUGCCAUAUCCACACCUGAAAAAUAUGGAGGUGCUGGUUUAGAUUAUUUAGCUUAUGCAAUAACUAUGGAGGAAGUAUCUAGAGGCUGUGCAUCUUGUGGUGUGAUCAUGGGUGUCAAUGAUGUAAGUAUUCACAUUUAUUGUGGUUUUAAGUAUUAUUUUGCAAGAUUUGUGAAUUUGGUUUUAAUUUGCACCAAGAUGCCCUCCACGAAGGCUAGGUUGUCACAAUGCUUGAUCCAGAAGUUUCCUUGUCUUUUUGGUUGGGUUCAGCCUACUAAGGCUAUGGAGUGGAACAGUGAUAGUCAUAAACUCAGAAUUUGGUUGGCUGUUCAACACCAGUAAUAAAAAAUUUAAAA